UUGCACGGAUAUAACAUUUCAUCAUCCACGUGUGAUGUACAUAAAGAGGCAUCUGGUCUAAUCGGCUUUUGCUUAUCUUUGAGUGAAAAGUUGGCAAACCGGACGUUUCAUCAUCAGCAUAUUAAUUGCAAUCACAUUGCGCAGGGAAGCAAAGAACGUGCGAACGUCACGUAGUGCGCUAUGAAGUUAACCUGCUCUAAAUCAUCACCACCUUUGGGUGGUGUCUUGUUUGCAUCUUAUUUAAGCUCUGAAUUCAACAAUUCUAUUGAAAUAUUUUGGGGCAAUGAAACCAUCAUUGAGAACAAUGACCAGAAACAUUCAGCUGCAUCCACAGCUGAUGUCUGCAGGUUAUUGGCAAGAAAUACCAAUGAAAAGUCUUUCUAUGGAGCUGAUGCACUGGAGAAAACUGAAGUUGAUAGUUGGUUGACUUAUGCUCAGGGUCCAUUGCUUUCUAAGAGUGAUUUUACUGGUGGUCUGGAGUAUUUGAAUAAGUCACUUGCUGCUGUUACUUAUCUGGUAGGCAAAAGAUUGACAAUUGCUGAUUUUGCUGUGUUUGCUAGUUUAUAUGCUAACAAACAAUGGCAGGGUUUGUUGUCAAAGAAGGCUGCACCAGUUAAUGUGAACAGAUGGUAUAAUUUUAUGAAAAAUUUACCAGCAAUUGCAUCAGUUAUUACUUCUUUAUCAGAAGAAAUUAAAUCUGCUUUGUCUCCACCUAUCUCAGGCAGACAAUCUUUAGCCAAUCAGAGUACAACUGGAGAAAGAGCCCAAGAAGGCAAAUUUGUUGAUUUGCCUGGAGCUGAAAUGGGAAAAGUUGUUGUUAGGUUUCCUCCAGAAGCUUCAGGUUAUUUGCAUAUUGGUCAUGCAAAGGCAGCCUUAUUGAAUCAAUAUUACCAACAAGCAUUUGAAGGCAAGUUGAUUAUGAGAUUUGAUGAUACUAAUCCAGCUAAGGAGAAUGUGCACUUUGAACAAGUCAUCCUGGAAGAUGUGGAAAUGUUGGAAAUCAAGCCGGAUCUAUUCACCCAUACUUCUCAAUAUUUUGAUCUUAUGUUGGAGUAUUGUGAGAAGAUGUUAAAAGAUGGUAAUGCUUAUGUUGAUGACACCAAUCCAGAAUUAAUGAAGGAACAAAGAGAUCAAAGGAUGGAGAGUGCUAAUAGGAGCAAUUCAUAUGAAAAGAAUUUAUCAAUGUGGAAAGAAAUGGUUGCUGGAACAGCCAAAGGACAACAAUGCUGUGUGCGUGCUAAGAUAGACAUGCAAAGUCCAAAUGGUUGUAUGCGCGAUCCUACUAUCUACAGAUGUAAAAACGAAAUUCAUCCCAGAACUAAAGAUAAAUACAAGGUGUAUCCAACUUAUGAUUUUGCUUGUCCAAUCGUCGAUGCAAUUGAAGGUGUAACACACACUUUGCGAACAAUGGAAUAUCACGAUCGUGAUCCGCAAUUUUAUUGGUUUAUCGAAGCUUUAGGAUUGCGCAAACCUUAUAUUUGGGAGUACAGCAGAUUAUCAAUGACUAACACUGUGUUGAGUAAACGUAAACUCACUUGGUUUGUUCAAGAAGGACUUGUUGAUGGAUGGGAUGAUCCACGUAUGCCAACAGUACGCGGUGUUCUCCGUCGUGGCAUGACUGUUGAAGGUCUUAAACAAUUUAUUAUUGCGCAAGGUUCGAGCAGAUCAGUCGUUUUUAUGGAAUGGGAUAAAAUCUGGGCGUUUAAUAAGAAAGUAAUCGAUCCGAUUGCUCCUCGUUAUUCGGCUGUGGAUGAAGAUUAUGUUCCUGUAAUAAUUGCAAAUGUUAAAGAAGAAAAAGUUGAAGUACCUAAACAUCCGAAAAAUGCGGAAGUUGGUUUGAAGGAUGUUUGGACCGGUCCGAAGAUUCUGAUUGAUCGCGUUGAUGCUGAUGCGUUAAAGGAGAAUGAAAAUACAACGUUUAUCAAUUGGGGCAAUAUUAUGAUCAAGAAAAUUAACAAGUCUGGUGGUAAAAUAACGUCAAUUGAAGCCGCAACGAAUUUAGAUAAUAAAGAUUACAAAAAAACUUUGAAGCUUACUUGGUUGGCUGAAACAUCGAAGGCUGAGUUUACACCGACGUGGUUUGUAUAUUUUGAUCAUCUUAUGAACAAACCAUUGCUUGGCAAGGAUGAAGAUUUCAAACAGUUUGUUGGUCAUGAGACAAGACGCGAAGUUAAAGUUCUUGGUGAUCCUGAACUUCGCAAACUUAAGAAAGGCGACAUUAUCCAAAUCCAGCGUAAAGGCUUCUUCCGUGUUGAUGUACCAUACAAACCUGCGAGUGAGUUUACUGGCGUAGAGCAACCAAUUAUAUUGUUCUAUAUUCCCGAUGGUCACACGAAAGAAAUGCCGAAUGCCAAUGUAGCUGCGUCCAAAGUUCAAACCACUAGUAAAAAAGACAACAGACAAGCCAGUCCUGCGUUGGCAUCGAGUGAAAGUAGAUCAGCGGUUGUUAUAGAUGCUGACAUUACUAAGCAAGGUGAUAUUGUACGUACAUUGAAGUCGCAGAAAGCCGCCAAAGCUGAGAUUGAUACAGCAGUUAAAACUUUACUGGAUCUUAAAGCUGAAUACAAGAAAUUAACUAGUUCUGAUUGGAAACCGGGAUGUGUACCGGCUGCAUCGUCAAGUCCUGCAGCUGGUGAUUCUGGUAGUGGUGAUCUUGAUGCGAAAAUUACUGCACAAGGUGAGAAGAUCCGCAAUUUGAAAUCUUCUAAAGCCGAUAAAGCGACAGUCACUGCUGAAGUGAAUAUUCUUUUGGCUUUGAAAGCGGAAUAUAAACAAAAACACGGUAAAGAUUGGGCGCCUGGUGCUGCAACCACAACUCCACCGGUUGCAAAUCAAACUAAUUCAGAGGGAGAUAUUUUAAAUCAAAUUACAGUGCAAGGUGAUAAGAUUCGAGACUUGAAAGCGAAGAAAGCUGAUAAAAGUGUGAUUGAAAUUGAAGUAAAAUCAUUACUUAGUCUCAAAAAUAGUUACAAAAGUUUAACAGGUAAAGAAUGGAAACCUGGUGCUGUCGCGACUACUCCUAGUGUAAAUUCUGCUCCAUCAGGUGCUUUAAAUGAGAAUGAUCUUUUGAAAAAGAUUGCUGAACAAGGUGAUAGAGUUCGUCAGUUGAAGGCGCAGAAAGCUGUGAAGUCAGCUGUGGAUAUUGCAGUUAAAGAUCUAUUGAGUUUGAAAGCUGAUUUUAAAUCAGCGACAGGUAAAGACUGGAAACCAGAUAUGGCGCCAACACCACCAUCAACCAAUACAAAUCAAGUUCAAUCAUCACCUGGUAAUAAUGAUGAAAAUCAAAUUUUGAGCAAUAUUGCCGCACAGGGUGAUGUUGUACGUCAACUUAAAGGAGCUAAAGCAGCAAAAGAUUUAGUUGAUGCAGCGGUGAAAAAGUUAUUAGAACUUAAAGCAGAAUUUAAAACAGUGACCGGUAAAGAAUGGAAACCAGGAAUGGUCCCGACCCCGACUUCUCCUGAAGUAUCAAAUACUUCUUUGGUUGUUAACACCUCAAUGUCCGAUCAACCACAAAACAACGAUUUAGUUGAUAAAGUCAACGCACAAGGUGAAGUUGUGCGUAGCCUGAAAUCAGCGAAAGCUCCGAAAGCAGAAAUUGAUGCUGCCGUUAAACUUUUGUUGGAUCUUAAAGCCGAGUACAAAAAUACAACCGGUACUGAUUUUCCUGUUGCGGGUAGGACUCCAACCAAACCAAAAGAGGCCAAGCAACCCAAAGAAGAGAAGGUAAAGCAGGCGAAACAAAAACCUGCACAAAAAGAAAAGAAGCCUGUUGAUGUAGAUGAAGCAGCCGGUAAGAAACAAACCCGUCUGGGUUUAGAAGCUAAGAAAGAAGAAAAUUUAGCGGAUUGGUACUCGCAAGUCAUUACCAAAGGUGAAAUGAUUGAGUAUUAUGAUGUUUCUGGCUGUUACAUCUUUAGACCAUGGUCAUUUGCUGUUUGGGAAGCGAUUAAAGAUUGGUUUGAUGCUGAGAUUAAAAAAUUGGGUGUUCAAAAUUGUUACUUCCCCAUUUUUGUAUCGCGGUCUGUGUUGGAGAAGGAAAAGACCCACAUUGCUGAUUUUGCUCCUGAAGUUGCCUGGGUUACCAAGUCGGGGGAUUCUGAUAUGGCUGAACCGAUUGCUGUACGUCCAACAUCUGAAACAGUCAUGUAUCCAGCCUAUGCUAAAUGGAUUCAGUCGUAUAGAGAUUUACCGAUUAAACUAAACCAGUGGAAUAAUGUUGUUAGAUGGGAGUUUAAACAUCCGCAACCUUUCUUAAGGACACGCGAAUUCCUUUGGCAAGAAGGUCACACAGCGUAUGCUGGAUUAGAGGAAGCUAAAGAAGAAGUUGCUGUUAUUUUAGAUUUGUACGCAAAGAUUUACACUGAUUUAUUAGCUAUUCCUGUGGUUAGAGGGCGUAAAACUGAGAAAGAAAAGUUUGCUGGCGGUGAUUACACUUACACCGUCGAGGCUUUCAUAUCAGCAAGUGGUAGAGCCAUCCAAGGUGCGACUUCUCAUCACUUAGGACAAAACUUUUCGAAAAUGUUUGACAUUGUCUACGAAGAUCCGGAAACACAGGAAAAGAAACAUGUCUAUCAGAAUUCAUGGGGUAUCACGACACGUACAAUCGGUGUGAUGAUUAUGGUACAUGCUGAUAAUCAAGGAUUAGUAUUACCUCCACGCGUUGCUAGCGUACAAGUCGUUAUUGUGCCUUGUGGAAUCACUGCCAGUUUGUCUGAAGCUGACCGGAAAAGUCUCCAGGCCUCUUGUGAUCAACUCGAGAGUGAUUUAAAGUCUGCGUCUGUUCGUGUUCAAGGCGAUUAUAGAGAUAAUUAUUCCCCUGGAUGGAAGUUUAAUCAUUGGGAGUUGAAAGGUGUGCCCAUUCGGGUUGAGCUUGGUCCGAAAGAUAUGAAGAACAAUCAACUCGUGGCGGUAAGACGUGAUACCGGCGAGAAGGUGACCAUCAAGCGUGCCACUGCCAUUGAAGAUUUACAGAAGAUGUUGAGUGAUAUUCAAAGCAGUUUGUUCAAUCGUGCCAAUGAGGAUUUGAAACAACAUUUGGUUACUUUGAAGGAUUGGUCGCAAUUUGGACCGAAUCUAGACAAGAAGAAUAUCAUCAUGGCACCAUUUUGCGGUAAAACCGAUUGCGAAGAUAGGAUUAAAGCGGACAGCACAAGGCAGGAUGCAGAUGCCGAGCCGGGAGCUCCGUCAAUGGGUGCAAAAUCUUUGUGUAUUCCUGAGGAACAACCGGCAAAAAUUACGCCACAAGAUAAAUGUAUUCAUCCUCAAUGCAAAGACAAACCCUUGUUUUAUACACUAUUUGGAAGAAGUUAUUAAGUGUUUGAACUGAAGUUUGUGUUUUAAUUUUGCUUGUAACUUGAUUCGUUUUAAUUCAGACUAUAAAUAAAUUUCAAUAAAUAUAAAAUAAUAAUAACAAAA